AUGGCCAAAUUCUGGGAAUGCGAGGACGGAGGAUUUACUUCCGAUUAUUCCGUGGAGGAGAGCACGUGCGAGGACCACUACGUGCGCACCGUCAAGCGAGGUGGAGAUGGUCGGUACACCGUUGGAAUGCCAAAGUCUGCUGAUUUGCACAUCAAGCUAGGAGAAUCGAAAAGCGCUGCUGAUCGUCGUCUUCUUUUCCUGGAGAGGUUGGCUCGUGACGAUGACCUGAAGAAGGAGUACCAUGCGUUCAUGAAGGAUUACUUGGACAGGAACCACAUGUGUAAGAUCAUCGAAGACCCGACAAGCACCGCGACCACCUACUACCUCCCACACCACCCCGUCAUCCGAAGUUCCAGCACAACAACGCGCGUCCGUGUCGUAUUUGAUGCGUCAAGCAAAACCUCCACUGGGACAUCCCUAAACGACGUUCUGCUGAACGGCCCAGUCAUCCAGGACGACCUGCGCACCAUCAUCUCCCGAAGCCGCCUGUUUCCUAUCCUUCUCGUCGCAGACGUGGAGAAAAUGUUUCGGCAGAUUCGGAUGGACGCCGAGGACCUACCGCUGCAGAGAAUUCGCUGGCGCUUCUCGGAGGUCGAUCCCAUCGACACGUACGAGCUGCUAACCGUGACGUACGGCACCAAACCGGCGCCGUUCCUGGCCACCCGAACCCUGAAGCAGCUGUCCGUCGAUGAUGCAACCAAGUACCCACUGGCCGCCGUGAGGAUCGCGCGAGAUGUUUACAUGGACGAUGUAAUCACUGGUGCAUACCACCCUGCCGAAGCGAAACAAAUUCGUGAGCAACUGGACACGAUGACGCUGGGAGCAGGUUUUCCGCUUCGCAAGUGGGUCUCCAACUGUGAGGAAGCGCUCGAGGGUGUGAGUGAGGACAACUUGGCGCUACCGAGAGAGAAGGGGAUCGAUUUCGACGAAGAGAGGACCGUGAAGACUCUUGGGUUGGUCUGGGAGCCGAAAACUGACACGUUCCGGUUCAAGAUUGAGUCGACGCUGAUCCCACCGAACGAGCUGACCAAGGCCAAAAUACUCUCUAUCAUUGCCAAAAUUUUCGAUCCUUUGGGGCUUGUUGGACCGGUGGUGGCUAAGGCAAAGAUCUUUAUGCAGGGAAUCUGGGAGUUGAAGAACGCGAAGGGCAAACCCUGGGACUGGAACGAUCCUCUGCCAAAGUCGAUGCUGGACGAGUGGAUGCAUUUCUACGAGCAGCUGCACUACCUGAACAACCUGCGGAUUCCAAGAUUCGCUAUGAUUCCCAAUCCAGUCCACAUUCAACUCCACUUUUGUAGCGAUGCUUCCGAGAAGGCACUGGGGGCGAAUCUGUACAUCCGUUCUGAGGACAAAGAGGGGAGAGUCAAGGUGUCAUUCUUCACGUCCAAAUCCCGGGUCGCUCCUCUCAAGCGACAACCCAUUUCCCGGCUCGAGCUGAACGGAUUUUGGCUAGCCGCAGACAUGUACCGGAAGUUCAAGGAGUGCACAACUUUCCGUUUCGAAACCUUCUUCUGGACGGAUUCCAGAACGGUCCUGCAGUGGCUUGCGAAAUCCCCAAGAACGUGGAAUGCCUACGUGGCAAACCGUGUCUCCUUUAUCCAGCAUAUUACCCAAGGUUGCCACUUGUUCCAUGUACCCGGAGUCAUGAACCCAGCUGACCAGCUGUCCAGAGGACUGGACCCCAAGGAGUUCAUUGACGGAGAUUGGGACCCGUUGUGGAUGUAG